AGGCUUCUCUAAGCGAAUCGCGAAGCCCGUCAAAAGUCACAACGCCACAGAAUCUCAUCGUGCUUCGUUUAGGCGCACGCGCCAUCCCGCUCUUGAUUUGCGACAAGGGGGGUGCGGCUAGCUGUAACCAUGGAUCCCAGUGUACUCGCCACCAUGGACAAGGACGCACUGAAGAAGCAGAUCGAGAACAUGAAGUACCAGGCGUCCAUGGAACGGUGGCCCCUGUCGAAGAGCAUCGCGGCGAUGCGGGAGUACGUGGAAGAGAACGAGAAGAAUGACCCACUGAUACACGCGCCCGACAAGAAGAACAAUCCCUGGGCCGAGAAAGGCAAGUGUAUAAUCAUGUAAUCGGGGCCAGUGCGGAGGAAGGGCAACAGAAGAAGAAGGAAGCGUGCAUAUGCAAACCGAGGGGGAGAGGAGUCGGUCGUUCAUCCGCGGCAAAGGGAAUCUCAGGCAGAGAUCACGGAGGAAGGAGGGAGGAGGAAGAGUAGGAGGAGAGGAACGCGAGAGGAAGAGGAAGAGAUGCCGGUGGACGUCCGCUGCGAUCCGAUCGCGGCUCGCGGAUCCACCCGAUCGUCGAGGCGCUCGUCGACCGGCGCUGCCGAAAUAAAAACGCGGCCGAUCCAUCGAUCGAAGAUCGGACUGCAGCAAAUCCCGUUUGCCGGACCGUUCCGUUCCUCCGGGACUUCUACGAUCGCGCGGCGUGCGGCUCUGCCGGUCAAUUCCCGAUUCUUCGUCGUCCCACGAGGUGUAUCGUUAUCCUUCGCUAAUCGUGCCACAAUCGUUAUUCGCAAAGAUAUCCCGAAGCUGCACCGGUCGGCCCGUUGACACGUACGAAAGGAUAGAAACGAGCGGAAGAACAAACAAUGAUGAUCCCGCAUAGUCAAUCUUAUAAAGUAAGGAAGAAGUUAACAAAGUCACUUAAACGUUUCGCACUCGCGAGGCACCAACCGGAGCAGAGACGAGAAGCGAAAAGGGAGAAAACUGAAAAAAUUGAUCGAAUGGACCACUUCCGCCUGGCUCGAUCAACGUCGAAUUGACCGCCGCAUGCCGCACAUCUCACUCGCCGAUGCACUUGCCGCGUGAAACUCUCUCCACUCACCGAUCAACCCAUGAACGCAAUUUAUUCUUAACGUUACGUGUACACAUAAAUAUAUAUAUACACAUAUAUAUAUAUAUUGUACGAACAUACAGUUAUUACUGUAAUAAUUAUUAUAAUUACUCUUGUAUGUAUCUCUGCGCGAAUUUCUUACGAAAAUAUAUAACAUGACCAGCGACUGAAAUCCAAA